UACAAGAGGCAUCGAAAGUCUGUAUACAUGAUCAUUGAAACUCCCAACUCUCUGUUGCAUCGGCCUAACAAUAUGGAUUUGCCAUUACCAAAGAGAAGAAAAAUCCAUUCGGAUUCCAUAAUUACUCAACAAGAAAAGGCCUCUCGCUCCUCUUCUAGUCUCACUCCUUCAUGUCUAUACGAUGUCUUUUUGAGUUUUAGAGGUGUGGAUACACGAAACAACUUCACAGGCCAUUUGCACACUUAUUUAGUUCGGAAGGGAAUUAAAACCUUCAUAGAUGACGAAGAGCAUGACAAAGGAGAAGAAAUAUCAUCUGCACUUCUCAAAGCAAUUGAAGGGUCGAAGAUUUCUAUAGUCAUGUUCUCUGAAAACUAUGCAUCCUCAGGGUGGUGUUUGGAUGAACUUAUUAAAAUCCUUCAAUGUAUGGAGUUGAAGAAACAAUUGGUUUAUCCGGUGUUUUACAAGGUGGAACCCUACGAGUACGAUACCAGAAGGGUAAAUAUGGUGAGGCACUUGCUAAACAUGAGUGCAGAUUCAAGGACAACAUGGACAAGGUGCAAAGAUGGAGGACGACUCUUAGGAAUGCAGCAAAUUUAUCGGGGCGGACUUUCGUGGACGGGCAUGAAGCUAAGUUCAUUAGUGAGAUCGCUGAAGAGAUUUCAGAACAAGUAUCAAACCGCAACUAUUUAAAUGUGGCAAAGUAUCCUGUUGGAAUAGAGUCUCAUGACAAGAUAUGGUUGGCCUUUUAGAUGUCGGGGGAAGUGAUGUUCGCAUGGUUGGUAUAUGGGGUAUUGGUGGGCUAGGGAAAACAGCAAUUACCAAAGCUAUAUGCAACUCAAUCGCCCAUAAGUUAAUUUGAAG